UAGCUCGUUUUCAUUUCAGAUGAAUCUUGUUUCCCCCUUGCCAUUUUGGCGCUUCUUUCCUUGCUUUGCAUUUGCUCCCCCAAUUUCUUUUUCUUUUCAAAUACUAUAAGUCUAAGACCACCAUGUUAUCACCCAAUCAAUCAUUCUGAUUAAUCAUAGACUUAAUCUUAAUCUACUGGUAUUUUCUUAGUUCUCGAAGAAAAUACAGUUUGGAGGGUUUCUUUUGAAAAUCGAUAGAAGAAUUUGAAGAUCUGAAGUUGGAAGACAUGGCUGAUGUCUUGGUAACCAUGGCGAAUAUUUUUCGAAGGGCAGCGGCUGCUUUGGUUAGGAGUAGUCAACAAGGAGGAGGAGCAGGGAUAGUGCAAUCACCAACAAUUGAUGUUGAAGAAGUUAUUGAUGAUGAUGAUGAAGUUGUUAUUACAUCUCCAACAAGCUUUGCUCAAGCGAGAAGGAAUCGGGAGGCGACAAUUACUGCCGAGAGACCACCACCUAGUGAUGAUGGAUCUAGGUUGACUCAGAGUAGCCGCUACAACUUGCGCAAAAGGCCUGCACCAAGUGAUGCAGUUAUCAGUGCUGAUCAGUACAUAAACCUAGAUGGAAGAAGAAAUUCCAAGAAAAAGCGUGCUGUGAAACCUCUGGUAACACCCCAGGCUGCGCCACCAAAGCCAUUGCCAAAGGAGCCUGCAUUUGGUUGUCCAGUUUGCAUGUGUUCACUUGUGGAGGCGACAUCAACAAACUGUGGCCACAUUUUCUGCAAACUGUGCAUCCAGGCCGCUUUAUCAGCUCGUAGUAAAUGUCCAGUAUGUAGAAAAGAGCUCUCGAUGAAAGAUACUAUCAGGGUCUACCUUCCUGCCACCGAAUUGAGCUGAGUUUAGUCAUGCAGACGGAGUCAGUUCCUCUCUUGUUCUGGAGGACAAAAAGUGAGAUUUUUUAGCCCGGUAUGUAUAUUUUUGCAUAGGGAACCUCGGUUUUACUUAUAUAUUCAGUCUUUAGGUGGCUUCAACCAUUCGAUGGGUGGGGAAGUGAACAUUCUGUUUGCAAUAUUCCUGAUAUAGGGCGGGGAUAUGGUAACCUACAGGAUUAGAUAGAUGAUUUUGGAUCUCAAUGUAGACAGUUGGUAUUCAGUGCAGUCCAGUGCAGUGCUUUCUUUGUUCUAAGUUCUAACCUUUGGUUGAUUAAAAUCCUAACUCUUCUAGGGAUGGUAAAGGGUCAGUUUUUCUCUUUUCUUUGCCUGUCAGUUUAUCCAAGAGUAGUCGUAACGGCAACUUUUAUUAAUAUUAAUGUAACAUCGGUAUA